CGUGCACACUGUGAGAAAAGCCACUGAUCCAGCUAGAAACAACAUUUGGUCCGAGCACCAACUUACAGAAUACAAACCACCUAAAGCCAUAUACAUACGGGCAUGUGUCUCACAGAGAUGAUGUCAUCAGCAGCUGCAGGUGCCCGCUUUCAUUUGUAGUAAAGAGAGAGCGCUGAUGAAGGUGGGCAUCGGCCAUGUGGUUAGUGUGUGUGUGGUUAGGAGAGAGACAGCGAGGUGAAGUUACAUGAAGUGAAGCAAAAGUGGAAGGUAAGGCUGCAAAAAAAAGUGUUUGCAGCUGUUUCAGAGCGUCAGCGUUAGACAGCAAUACAAGGAAGAGAGGGAGUGAGCAAUAGAGGAAGAGGCAGAGAGAAAGUGGAAAAAGACAGACGGACGAGAGGCUGCAUUUAUUCGCUUGUUAUCGAUCUUACUGAAAGGCUUCCUGUGUCAGCACCAUGGGAAAAUCAGCAUCAAAACAGUUUGCUGAGGAGCUGCUGCGCUGCCAUAAUGAAUACAGGAAGAAGCACCAGGCCCCUCCGCUCAAGUUGGACAGCAAGUUGAGCAGAGAGGCUGCACGUUACGCUGAAAGUCUGGCCAGCACACGGAUCCUGAAACACAGCGAAGAGUCCAGUAGAGGGAGCUGUGGAGAGAACUUGGCAUGGGCCUCCUAUGAUCAGUCAGGGACAGAUGUGGCAGACCGCUGGUAUGAUGAAGUGAACCAGUACCACUUCAAUCGUCCUGGAUUCUCCUCUGGCACUGGCCAUUUUACAGCGAUGGUGUGGAAGAGCAGUAAAAAGCUGGGAGUUGGUAAGGCCACCGCAUCAGAUGGUUCUUCCUUCGUGGUGGCCAGAUACUUCCCAGCUGGGAAUAUCACCAACAAGGGACACUUUGAAAACAACGUCCUCCCAGCUAAAACUACCUCUUAAAGAAGUUGAGAUCCUCGACAGAGUUGACUUGGGCCCAAAGGCAUUUAUUCUGUUUUCCAGGAGAUAAGUUAACUGCCUGCCCUGCUAUGGAGAAUACUCAGGAGAGCACCACUCCUGGCCUUGUAGAGACCCAUUCUACAGUCCUGUAUGGAUUUUAAAAGAUGAAAUGCACUCUGGCUUGAAGUCCCAUGUUUGUAAUUCUAAAAUGAAACUGCUAACAAAACAUUUCCAAUGACCAUUUGGACUGAUUAAUCUCACGUUUAAUGGUCAUUUACUUUGAGAGUAUUUAAUUCAUUAAUGCCAGUACUUUUAUAUUUUGACCCUGAAAAACAUCAUAGCAGUAUGCCUGUAUAUGUGUAAAAAUGGGAAUUAAUUCAGCUGAAAGGACAGGAAAUAAAAAUUUACAUGUGAAGUCACUGGGGGCUAUUGGAAGGUGAUUACCCAGCAUGCUUUGUAUGAGUUUGUUAUUGCCUCUACUUGUUAAAGCAGAGUUGUGCUGUCACGAUAGUUUUGUAUUCUAAUUGAUUUUGUACAAUAAAGUUGAUUGAAACGCAUUUGUUAUUGUGUGCCAUUACUAGAGAGUGAGAAACAGAAAAAAAAUAGUUUCAUUUUUUAAAUGGC